AUGGAGCCCCCACAGGUGGCCCAGGAGCUUGGACUGAGCCAGCAGUUCCCUUCCCACAUGUUUCCUCAACAGGGACUUUCCUCAAGAGCCCCUGAGGCAUGGCAGGAGGCAAAAGAACACAAAGAACGAUCCCGGAGUGGCGCAGAUAGAGCGAGCCGUAAACGGAAAGCAGGAAGCCUUGGAAAUGUGUCCGGGACAAAAGCAGAAACACCAGCAGAGAGCGGCACAGGGCCAUUCCCGAGCGCUCCGCUUCACAUCCCUCUCUCUAGGCUCAGGGAAAUAGAAGCGGAGCUGAUUUGCGCCGAUGAGGCGGACAGUGAGUUUGAGUCUGGCGAGCCGGUGGCGCCAGCAGUGCCACCAGCAGUGCCACCAGCAGCGGCUCAGCCCCCUGGCCAAGCCCCAGGGGACAGCCGGUGGCACCGCGCUGGUGCAGGGCUGCAGGCAGCCCUGCGGGAAGGCAGCGCUCGGUGCCGGCAGCGGGAUUUUGCAGCGGCUGCGGCCAAGUUCUCCACGGCACUGGAGCUUUGCAGUAAAGGCUUUGCUAUAGAGGAUCCCUUGAAAUCCUCCCCAGAUGACAUUUCCAGGCUUGCCAGUUGGAUCGAGUCAAAGCUCGUCGUCUGCUACUUAAAACUAGAGCAGCCUGGUCUUGCUCUGCAUCAUUCACACAGGAGCAUCAUUCAGAACCCCUCUCACUUCUGCAAUCACCUGCGCCAAGCCACUUGCUUUCGGUGCCUACACAGAUACUCGGAGGCUGCCAGGUACCUCUGCUGUUCAGGCUUCCACAGGGCUCCUCUGCAUCGCUUUCCUUGCAGCUCUCAGCAGGGCAGGAGAGCUCCACUCUUCCCAGCCUGUCUGGACAAGGACUGGGAGUUCUGUGUAACCUUUGAGCCUCUUCUCUGCCUGCACACUUCUCUCUCUGCUUUUAUCUUCAGGAGCGCCAUGGUCGCGCAGUGUCUGUAUGUCCUGGCUGAAGGUGCGGGGCUGGAGACCAGUGACCUCCUCCAGCUGUACUGGCAGGUUAUGAUUCAAGAAGCCAUCCGUGGAGAAAGUUCUUUUUCGGCUCUGUAUACACCUUUUGAGAAAGAGGACAAGGCUGACAAAAUAAAGGAGGCAAACAAAACCUUUGCUGAGAAGCACCCUGACUACGUGCAGCACAUAUUUACAGAUCCUCAUGGAAUUCACCUGUUGCCAGAGAAGGCUGAAUCUCAUCCUGACCAGCAGUACUUACUGACUCUGGGCUUUAGAAACAAAGAGAUUGGAAAAACUGUGGAGAAGUUUGUAACUCGAAAACUGCCAGUCUUUCCAGGACAGAAAAUAACUUUCAGUCCCAGCAUGGAGGAAGCAGCAGAAACAUUUUGGCAGAACACUGGGGAAAGGAUCAUGGCAGCCAUGGCUUUUCUAGGAAGCACCAAGAUAAAGGAUGAGCGUGGCCCGUGUGCACAGGCCAUUGAGCAGUUCCAUCAUGCCAGCCUGCUCAGCCACCUGCAGAGAGGGGAGGAACAGGCCCAGGUAAUAACCCAGGCGAUGGCUGAGCUGGCAACUGUUCCCUACCUGCAGAGAGUCUCUGAGGAGGAUGACAAGCUGCUGCAGUCACUGAUGGCAGAUGCCAUGGACAUCCUGGCUGGAAGAACUGGAGAGCGUGUGUGGACUAAAAUACAGAAGGUGGCACUAAUUGAAGAGUACUUGAGGGAAGGAGAAGAGCUUUACUUAAGAACUCCACAUGUGCAAAUACCUGGAAUGGAAAAUAUCAACUGGACUCCAAGGGGACAGAAAUACUUGAGACUGGAAAAUACAAACAUGUUCAUUCCCAACCCACGAAGCUUAACCACAUGUCCAAAAAAAAGACACAUAGUUUUUGCAAAAAGUUGAUUUUGUAGGUAUUUUGUAGCCAUUCAUACCAAUUUGAUAGAUGUUAAUCUUAUUUUACAUUGUAUUAACUUGAAGUUGUAUUAAUUUAAAUUUAAA